AGACUCAGUACGUAUCCAGUUCAUGCCUGGUAUCCAGGAUGUACCAGGACCAGGUACAUAAUACAAGUAGUACGUGUCCUGUAGGUAUGAACUUUGUAUGUAACUAGUAUAUACAGUGUACAUACUGAUACUACAUGGUAUGUACUUAUUGUGUAUAUACAUGCUGCUUACCAGGUUCCAGGCUGUAAUAUGUGUUGAUACUUUUUUAGUUGUUCAGAUGACUAUUUAUAAAAGAAAUGUCAGUUUAUCUGAUAAGUUUAGUGAAUUUAAGGGCAAAAUGUUAAUUUUUGAUUUUUUGUUUUGUUUUGUUUUGCCUCUUUUGCCAAAGAUCAGUUGCUGAGUUAAAAUAUAAAAGAUUUGUUUUGAGUCAAAUUUGCCAACUUCUUAUUUCUUUCACAAGCCAGUCCUCCAGUAAUAGUUCAAAUGUUCUGAUGGUCAUUUAGUCUUUGGAGAGUCUCUUCAAGUAUAACUUUAAUCUCAAAUCACUGUUUGCUCCUCCAUCACCUCCUCCUCCUCCUCCAGCAGCUGCUCUGUCUUCCCCCCCGCCCCCAGUCCUGGAGGAGUUUAGCACCAGCUUAAACAUCGUUUUAUCUCUUACCACAACAACUUAAAACAUCAAUGGACCGGAGCUCAAAGCUUAAUACCUUCACUCUGAAAAGCUUUUUUCCUCUGAUAAACCACACGAGCACGCCCAUGACUUGUAUUCCCACAAAGAGUCAAGAAGAGGAGGAUUGCUUGUGCAGAGUGUAAGAGUAGGUGGUUCGCCAGGAAGUGGGGGUGCAGCUGGUUUGGGUCACAGUGCAUCAGUGUGCUGAAUGACUAAUGAAAGGUUUAUGGUGGCGAGGGGCGACUGCCUAGUCUGAAUGGUGGGCAGGAGGAAGACACGCCUUGUCUGGUUUCCAGCUCCCUCCUGACCGUCUCUGGUUAAAAACAAGGAUUUAACAAGUUUCUUCCAGAACACGGGGUCACAAGCCUUCACUUAACAAGCUCAUUAUUUCACAUUGUUUUUGUCCUUUGCUCCUCCUCGGCAGCUGUGACGGGGGAAAGAAAAAAAAAGAUGACGUUUGAUGUUUGUCUCCGCGAGAAAGCUGAACAAGGAUGUUUGAGAGGAGUGGGGAUUGGAAACCCACCGCAGCCGUCCAAGCAGAAUCUCUUUCCUCUGAACCAAGAUGAGGCUAAAUCUGACAACGAUCCAGCUGCAGAAGCCAGCCCCAUCUCCCCGAUGCAGCUCCCAAACUUUGAGAAAAACAAACAGAAGGCCACAACUACGUCCCAGGAGCAGGACAUGGGGUCCCUUCAAACCACCAAAAAGCAACGCCAACUGCUGAAAACGAGUCCCGACGAAAGCAGGGAAAAGCUCCAGAGCAUCAUGGACUCACGGAAGCAGCUGAUGAAAGAGAUGUGCGCCAAAUACAAAGGCAGCAUCUCCAAGACGAUCACACCAGAGCACGUCAAGCACAUCUUUGUGGAGGACAAGAACAGGCUCUUGUACUGCUCCGUGCCCAAAUCAGGCUGCUCCAACUGGAAGAGAACCCUGAUGGUGUUGUCAGGCCAGGCGUCCAGUGUUGAGAGCAUUCAGCACGAAACGGUCCACUAUGGUGGGCACAUCAAGAAGCUCAAURCGUUCAACCAAAAGGAAAUAAUGCACCGCCUGGAAACCUACAACAAAUUCUUGUUUGUUCGCGAGCCCCUCGAGAGAGUGGUGUCAGCGUACAGGGACAAGUUUGAGAACCCCAACGACUACUACCACAACAUGUUCGGGAAGCCCAUCAUAUCAAAGUACAGAGUGACCCCCUCUGCAGAGGCCCUGAAGACGGGCAACGGGGUCACGUUCAAAGAAUUUAUCCGCUACCUGUUAGAUGUGCACCGGCCUGUGGGGAUGGACAUCCACUGGGAGCAGGUGAACCAGCUGUGCCACCCUUGUGUCGUCCACUAUGACAUCAUCGGCAAGUUUGAAAACAUGGAGGAGGAGUCCAACUUUCUGCUGCGAAUGAUCGGGGCGCCACCGAGCCUCAUACUGCCAAGUUUCAAAGACAGGAAUCCGGGCGAUGCACGGACCUCAAAGGAGAUCACUGAGAAAUACUUUUCUCAGGUAACCAUGAUGGAGAGACAGCGAGUGUACGACUUCUACUACAUGGACUAUCUGAUGUUCAACUACUCCAAACCUUUCAGUGAUUUAUACUGAUUAACUCUCGACGACUCAGUCAGUCCCAUUCAACUUACAUCUACAUCUCCACCAUGAUAUUAAUCCUCACGUAAAGGAACUCACCCACAUGCUCCCUCGAUUCUUUGAAUCUAAGCAGCAGCGCCAGCAAGUCCAAAAUUUUAAUUAAUGGAAAACGAUUUUUAUUACUUUCUCUUUUUCCCACUAAUAUCUUCAUUAUUUAAUAUCCUGUUUGAAAAGAUACGCCAAACUCUCUGAAAACACGAAGUUAUCUUUUCCAAUAAAUGGUGGAGAUGAUGGGAAAAUUUAAUAUAAAUACACAGUUUAAAAAACUGUAAACUAUGAUUUGAAUAACUGCUCAACAGGCUUUAAUCUGAUUUAUUGUGUCAAUUUCAAUAUUUUUUUUAUUUUGAAAGUAAAAAUAAGCUAAAAAAUAAAGUUCUGAGUUUGUAAGAAUCUGUUCCCUCAGUUUAGUUUUACUAACAGAUGCCAUCCUAUUAUGAGGAGUGAUAAAUCAAUAAUUUGGUUCACAGACAUUGAAAUGUUGGACAAACUUCAUUAAUUUCUAAACAAAAGCAUCAAACUGCUGUAAAACUACAAAUAUCACUUCCGUUCAAACUAAACAGCGUGGCCUAAAUUUAAUCAAAAUUGGCCAAAGCUCAUGGAGAAAUGUUUAGGUUAGGUUUAGUUUUAAGUAUUUAUAUAUGGUCUAUGUGACAGAGAGAGGGAAAAACAAGAAUAAUCCUGUAGAUGUUGCUGAAUAUUACAACUGGAUUUUGCAAUCUGUAAGCUAUCCCCUAAAACUUUGUCUGACUUAAUGCAAAUUCAUGUAACCAGAUUAUACAACUGGUGGGAACAGAUUCUUUGGUGCUCUAUAAGACUCUCUCUAUCAGAACCCUUUCACUUAAUUUCAAAUCAGUACGGUAGCCUUAGUUUGACUUUAGUUUGAUCGAAUCAGCUCUUCAGAGCUUGAAAUGUUGCAGAAGGUCAGUCAUCAGUAUACCUCGAAGURUCAGUGCAUACUAAUGCAGAUCAUUUUUGUAAAUGGCUUUACUAAAUAGUAUCUACAAUGAAGGAAUUCAGCUCUUUUGAGAGUAUAAUUUUAAGAAAUAUGUGAAGUGUUGCCCACUCAAAAGCUGUGUGCACUUAUUGUAGCAUUUUUUAUACUUCUAACAAAAACAUAAAACCACAUGUGGUCGAACACAUAUUGUGUGCUGUGGCUCCUCCAUCACUGGAGGGAUUUUCUUGUGUUGUUUGUGCAAAUGCAAGACAUCCAAAUACUUGUAAGGUACCAAGUGUUGCUGCCAGUGUCUCUACAGUAUGUGUUGGCGGUGCUGAUUGGACCUUCAUUCAGUUUUUUUUUUUUUAGAAAGACAAACGGAAAGCACABCAACAGGCUAACAAACAGUCACAGAUGUUUAGGCUUGGUUUCAGUUAGAGAUGCACUUUUCAGUCAGCAGRUGACUAAUCAGCUGAUUAUCAGCUUGACUGGUGAUCUGAAACUAAAAACUCUGAUGUCCAYGUGGUCAGGGAAUGCACCAUAAAUUUGCUUUAAGAAGAGCUCAUCUUCAGCUUAUAUAUGUUUUAGUUAAGAAGACUCAGUCAGCUGUUUUUGAUUUCCUUAAGGUGAMUGAAAGUAAAAUAUGAAGAAACACCAUAAAGAGCUGCUGAAAGCAAACGAGUUUCUGUGUGUUUGCGGCUCAUUUUACUGACACAGAAACUGGGGUUUUCCAUUUAAAUACCAGCUGCCACUUCAACAGGUGACAUGUUGCACUGCACACUUCUGUGGAAGAACUAUAAUUCUGCAAGCAGGUUGACAAAUCUAAGUAGAGUUUAUAGUUUAAUUGUUAUAAUUAUCAAUCUGCAAUUUUCCAUAAUCUCACACAUCUAAAAGUAAACUAGAAUGACUUUUUUUUUUUUCAGAAAUCGUAUUGGGCACAGCUGCAAUUUGUUACAAACUGAAAUCUUGUGAGGAAAAAAGGUCCAGUAAAAAUAAACAGUUUUGUGUUUUCAUGUGUGUAAAGAGAGAGAGAGAAAGCUCUUAAGUAGUUAUAUUUGGCUUAUACAGGGGACGUAUCACAAUAUGUCUAAAAGGUGAAAGUUCUGUWUCUUGGCACUAUAUUUGGAGAAAAUACUAAAAAAUAUUUUGUAGUAAACAUUUUAACUUUUAAGUUUUCAUAUCAGCUAGGAAUCAAAAACCCUAUUUAGCAUGACAUCUUUUUAGUUCUUAGCGAGAAAUUGUUAUUGGCUGGAAUCAGAGUACAAACAUCAGACAAGAAAUCUGUGACUGGUGCCUCUCUAACUUAAAUCAUGUCUUCAUCAAAGCUGAAUGAAGGGUUUCUAAACUUCAGUAUGAGAUGAAAGCAAGAUUGUAUCCAGUCUUCACCAUCCACCUCAUUAAAUAAGCCCCUAAAACACAUCCCACCUUCAGAUCUCACACUGUCAGCAGCCCCUCUGUGUGCCACACUCAGUCUACUGUACAGGCUUCUUUCUGACUCUACUGGGUAGAAUUGUAUAAUGGGCAUUCAGAUGACUAUAUAUUUUUCUAUGUAUUUCUAAAAGCAACAUAAAUAUAAAAAAAUAUAUAUUUA